AUGGAGGGAAGGAAGAGGAAGAGGAAAAGAACGAUAGCUGAUAAGAGAAGAGAUAAGAAGAAACAUAAGAAGGACAAUAGUAAGAAGGACAAUAGUAAGAAGGACAAUAGUAAGAAGGACAAUAGUAAGAAGGAGAAUAGUAAGAAGGAGAAAAAAUGA